UCAGUGUUUAAUUUGCUUUUGCUUCCAAUAUUCUUCAGUUGAAUAACAAAUUGCUACAAUACAAUAAACAACCACAUGGAAAAGACGAUCGAAAUUUACGGAUUUGGGCCCAAGGUGACCGUCGACGAGGUGAAGGAAUUUCUCGAGAAUCACACAGGAGAUGGAACCGUAUCGACAGUGAGGAUUUCAAAACCCAAAGACGAUAAAACCCGGUUCACAUCUGUGACGGUCCGGUUCAAGAGCAAACUAGCAGCUGAGUACAUAGUGGCGAAGGCGACAACGGAGGAGAAGAAACUGUGGUUCGAAAGUUCAUAUCUGAAAGCCAGAGAAGUGGAGAAGAAGGCAACAAGUGGUGGCCCCGAAAUGGAGAGAAUGGAAGACGUGAAGGGGCAGUUGGGAAGCAUGAUUUCAAAGGACAAAAUGAGGGUAAUUUGGGAAGGAGAGAAAUGGAAUGUGGAAUUUGGAAAUGGAGUUAGGAAAUUAUGGUUUUAUUUGAGUUAUGAAGUUGAUGACUACAAAAUGGAGCUUUGCUUUGAGAAUAUUUUGAGUGUUGAGUUUCGCUGCCCUCUCAAUCAACCUUCCAAGUUUUUUCUCAUUCAGAUGCAAGGUGCUCCACGAAUUUUCAGGAAAACUCCAUCAUCUUCCUCCUCCCCAUUAUAUUCCAACAAAUCCAACAGUUUUCGUUGGAUUAGGGAUGUGGAUUUCACUCCAUCUUCCUGCAUUGGACAAUCUUUUACUCUAUGUUUGCAAUUUUCUCCUUCACAUCACCUUCCUCCUUUCUUCCAAACAUUGGUCGGCUACAAAGUGACCUAUGCUCCGUUCAUUCUCCGUAAAGGUUCUUCUUUCGUCUCAAAUUCAAAUUUGGUUCCUAUCAUUACUCCACCCCAAGCCUUUGAUAUCUCUUAUAAAAUUUUGUUCAAAAUCAAUGCCCUACUUCAACGUGGUUAUCUUUCUGGACCGACGCUAGAUGAUGAAUUCUUUCGACUUGUUGAUUCGAGUAGAUUUCAUCCUGACUACAUAGAGCAUGCCUUAGAAAAACUCUUUAAUUUGAAGGAAUGUUGUUAUAAACCACAAAAGUGGCUCAAAGACCAAUAUCUUUCAUACUACGUCUCUAAUCAGCUUCCAUGGAAACCUAAUGUUUCUCUAGAUGAUGGGCUAGUGUAUGUGCAUAGAGUUCAAAUUACACCGUUGAAAGUGUACUUCUGUGGUCCGGAGGCCAAUCUUUCUAACAGAGUAGUCCGUCGUUUUAUUGAUGAUAUAGAUAAUUUUCUUCGUGUGUCUUUUGUUGAUGAGGAAUUGGAUAAACUUCAUUCUAUUGAUCUAGCUCCACGUUCAUCAUCUCCUGAAAAUAAUACAAGAACUAGAGUAUAUGAUAGAGUAGUAUCUGUGUUAAAAAAUGGUAUAGUCAUUGGUGAUAAAAAGUUUGAGUUUCUGGCUUUCUCGGCUAGUCAACUAAGAGAAAAUUCUUUUUGGAUGUUUGCUUCGAGGAAGGGGCUAAGUGCAGCAGAUAUCAGAGAGUGGAUGGGUGACUUUCGCCAGAUAAGGAAUGUGGCAAAAUAUGCUGCUCGACUUGGUCAAUCUUUUGGUUCAUCUAGAAAAACUUUGUGCGUUAAAGAACAUGAAAUUGAAGUUAUUCCUGAUGUAGAAGUUGAAAGGAAGAACAUUAUGUAUUGUUUCUCCGAUGGGAUUGGAAAAAUAUCUAAAACAUUAGCUAAGAAAGUAGCUAAAAAAUGUGGUUUGACCGGUCAUACACCAUCUGCCUUUCAGAUUCGAUAUGCUGGAUACAAAGGUGUUGUAGCUAUUGACCCUACAUCCGAAAAGAAAUUGUCAUUACGAAAAAGUAUGUUGAAGUAUAUGUCACUUGAUACACAACUUGAUGUUUUGUUGUGGAGUAAGUACCAACCAUGCUUUCUUAAUCGUCAGGUGAUAAACCUUCUAUCAACUCUUGGAAUUGGGGAUGAUGUUUUUGUGAAAAAACAAAAAGAAGCUAUAGAUCAACUAGAUUCUAUUUUAGAAGAUCCAUCAAGGGCAUUAGAAGUGUUAGAGUUGAUGUCCCCAGGAGAAAUGACUAGUAUUUUGAAGGAACUACUUUCGUUUUACAUGCCAAAUGAAGAACCUUUUCUAAAUAUGAUGCUAUGGACAUUUCGUGCAAAUAAAUUAUUAGAUUUGAAGACCAAGUCAAGGAUAUUUGUUCCACGGGGAAGGACAAUGAUGGGUUGCCUAGAUGAAACUCGAACAUUAGAAUAUGGGCAGGUGUUUGUUCAUUGCUCUGUCCCUGGAAGAUCAAGCGAGGGAAAUUUUGUAGUCAAAGGUAAAGUAGUUGUUGCUAAAAAUCCAUGUUUACACCCAGGGGACGUGCGUUUGCUCGAUGCUAUUGAUGUGAAAGCUCUACAUCACAUGGUGGACUGUGUUGUUUUUCCACAGAAAGGAAAAAGGCCUCACCCAAACGAGUGUUCCGGGAGUGAUUUGGAUGGUGACUUGUACUUUGUUUGUUGGGAUUCAGAGCUAACUUGUAUUAAACAAGUUAAACCUAUGAGCUACGAGCCUGCACCAAGUAUACAAUUGGAUCAUGAUGUCACAAUUGAGGAAGUUCAAAAAUAUUUUGCCAAUUACAUGGUGAAUGAUGGUCUUGGAGCCAUUGCGAAUGCUCACACUGUCUUUGCAGAUAAGAACUCUAAGAAGGCAAUGAGUGCUGAAUGUAUUAAACUUGCAAAAUUAUUCUCCAUUGCUGUUGACUUCCCAAAGACUGGUGUGCCAGCAAACUUGCCACGCAACCUUCGUGUCCACGAGUAUCCUGAUUUCAUGGACAAGCCCGAUAAACCAACUUAUGUAUCAAAUGGUGUUCUCGGGAAGCUUUUUAGAGGAGUGAAAGAUGUUUCAUCUGAUGUCAACACCUUUGAAAUUUUCACUAAGGAAGUUGCUACCAAAUGCUACGAUCCAGACAUGGAAGUAGAUGGUUUUGAAAAGUAUUUGAGAGAAGCUUUUGAUUACAAAACUAAGUACGACUUCAAAUUGGGGAACCUUAUGGAUUACUAUGGUAUUAAAACAGAACCUGAAUUAGUUAGUGGAAAUAUCUUGAAAAUGGCGAAGUCUUUUGAUAAAAGGAAUGACUUGGAACAAAUUGCCUUUGCUAUGAAGUCUCUAAGAAAGGAGGUUAGGUCUUGGUUCAAUGAGAAUGAAAGUAAGUAUACGUAUGAAGACAUCGAAGACGACGAAUACGCAAGAGCAUCUGCGUGGUACUGUGUCACGUAUCAUCCAGAUUAUUGGGGUCGUUACAAUGAAGGUACACAAAGAGAUCACUUUUUGAGUUUUCCAUGGUGUGUUGCUGACAAACUUAUUCAAAUCAAAAGAGAGAAGAUGUCAUUGAGGAAUUCUUCUCCAAUGUCAUCACUACAGUACAAUUUUGAUGGGAUGAGUUUGUACUAACUUUUGGAGGCCAAGUUAUGUUUUGUAUUAUGACCAUCUCUAUAGUUUUAGCUUGUGAGAUAUAAUACGUGUUAAUAUUGUCAUUUUAUGAAGCCUUUUUAAUAGGUUUUAUAUGCUUAAAAGAGAUUGAGAUGAGAUGAUCAAAAGGUUUGAUGUGCCUGUGUCCUUGAGUUCUAAGAUGUUGGUAAGGAGAGGUUGUAUUUAAUUUACAUGUUCCUAUUUAGUGAGAUCAUGAAUUUUAGAGUUUUA